AUGGAGAUAAUUUCGCAGCGUGGUACAUCCCAAAGAACAGACGGUGGUUUCAUCUAUCGUUUUGAUAAGAAUCUUAAAGAUGGUAGUGAGGCGUGGCGAUGCACUAAGAGCGGAUGCAAAGGGCGAGUGCGCGUUGUGAACGGUGAAGUGCAUCUGAAGAGUGAUCAUAACCACGUGCCGAAUCCCACUGAAGUGGCCGUCAAGCAUUACCUAUCGUCGAUUCGUAAUCGAGCGUCGUCCAGUCAAGACACGCCGAAGAUAGUUCUCGAACAAGAGCUCUCCCUUCUUACCGAAGAUAGCAUUGCUCAACUGCCCAAAUAUGAAGCAUUGCGUCGAAUGAUUGAACGAACCAGAAAGGUGAUUAAGACAUUCCAGUGGAGUGUUGUGAACGGAGAUUUCGGCGUUUAUUUUGUAUUAACACUGUAUUAUAUAUCUGAACACAAAGCAUUCAUAAGACACAAACAAAAAAAAGGGAGGAGAUCUUCUAAAUGA